AUGGAACCGUUUUCUACCAUAGACUUCACGCCAACUAGCGAAUUUACCUUUCAAAGAACCACAGGGCUUUUUAAUGAACGGCAGGUUAUGGAGCUAAACCCUGACUAUAUGGACAUAGCUAGAUUGAACACGUCACUGAGUUCAUUAGUGUACGGAGAUAUAGGGGCUUUUGUGUGCAGUAGAAACACACCAAACUGGGCGGUAAAGCUCUGCCAAGUGCAGCAAUAUUUUGCACAGUAUCUUCUCUACACUACAUCUCAGUGUGAGGCAUAUCUCCGAGAGCUUGUCACUCCUCAAACAGAUCCCAAUCUGGCAGUAUCCCUGCAACAAGAGAUUGAGAGGCUGAAGGCUGAGAUUAAGCACAUACAACAAAAGCAUGAGACAGAGAACAUGAUGUAUAGGCUAAUGUCUGUGCGUCCGGAGGUUGUCGAGGCCCUACCAACAUGUCUACAUUGCGGGAAGAUGUUCGGAGCCUAUGAAUUCCUGCUGGCCCAUCAUAGGCGACGUCACCCGGGCUAUCCAGAUCCCAAACCACCAGUUCCAUCAUUUGCGCCGCUUCCACGCCCUUGCCAAUGUUGUAUUCAUGAAGAUGAACCGGCCAAACCUGCACCACCUGGCCCCACUGCGGUUGAAGUCGGUUUCAACCCUGCAUCUGAGCAGCCUUCAUCGUUAGUUACCGUGGCACCCCCACCGCAGGAAUCCUUACUACCUCAGUAUGUAGAAAGUGAUAUCUUCGCUGAGGGGGGUGAAUUAAAGACACCCCCUGGCCAAGGAUAUGUAAGUUUUGACAGCCACAUGUCUGAAUACUAUCACAACCUUCAGAAACGGGUUCAUCUUCAAAACACAGCAAUAGAUAACAAGUAUAAGGAGCUGAAGCAGCAGUACACAACAGGCAUCUCUAGUACCAGCACAUCAAUCUUCUAG